UUGACCCGAGUGAACCAGCCGUUCCAACAGGCACGGGUUCAGCCCCCGCGCUUGAGUCAGCACUUCUGCGCCCAUAUAAAGCUCUGCCUACCGCUACCCGACCUCGUCUGAUCGCAGACCUCGUCAGUAGAACCAGCGCUACCUCCAGACAACAUGACCUCCACAGCCCAGCCCAUAUUCUCCAAAGGAGAGGACUGUAAAGCCUCCUGGCACGACGCCAGCGCCGGCUACAACGAAGCGGACACCCAUCUGGAGAUUAUGGGCAAGCCCGUGAUGGAACGCUGGGAGACCCCAUACAUGCACUCCCUGGCGACCGUGGCGACUUCGAAAGGUGGUCGCGUUCUGGAGAUUGGCUUCGGCAUGGCCAUUGCUGCCACCAAGAUUGAAUCAUUUCCCAUUGAAGAACACUGGAUAAUUGAGUGCAAUGACGGCGUCUUUGCGCGACUUGAGAUGUGGGCCAAGGAACAGCCGCAUAAGGUUGUCCCCUUGAAGGGUCUCUGGGAACAAGUUGUACCCACCCUGCCUGACAACCACUUUGAUGGUAUCCUGUAUGACACAUACCCACUGUCAGAGGACACAUGGCAUACUCACCAGUUCGACUUUAUCAAGGGCCAUGCCCACCGUUUGCUGAAGCCUGGUGGUGUUCUCACCUACUGCAACCUGACCUCCUGGGGCGAGCUGCUGAAGACCAAAUAUGAUGACAUCGAGACGAUGUUCCAGGAGACGCAGGUGCCACAUCUGCUCCAUGCUGGGUUCAAGACGGAGAAGAUCAGCACCACCACCAUGGACAUUCUUCCCCCCUCCGAGUGCAAAUACUAUUCUUUCCGCAAGAUGAUCACUCCCACCGUUAUCAAAGAGUGAAGGAUGUCUACAGCGCUGUAACGUCUUUACUUUACUGCCAGCCUCAUUGUCUGGAAUGUUUCAAUAAACCCCAAGUCAAUCAUU